AUGCUCACGAUUCAACUGGAAAACCAAUUGGCCUGCUAUUCAGGACAUGAACAUCUUCGCGGCUGCGUCGUCUAUCAUUGCCCCAACCCGAUCGACAUCCAAGAAGUUCGGGUGAGCUUUUAUGGCCGCGCCAAGGCAAAAGUCCAGAAAGUCAAGGGCGCGGCGGCACCCGCUGCCACCUACCGAAGCAAAUGUAUUCUCUUCCAGGAGGAAAAGAUUCUAGUCACCCCUAAUGGCGGUCAACUGACUCGGAAUACGUACGAAUGGCCAUUCGAGUUUACAUUCCCGUCGCAGGUGGAAUCACCCGCAAAAUGGCCCGAAAAGGCCCCCUUUCGUAGCGAUGAACACCACCCGCUGCCUCCGUCUUUUGCGGUGGAUGUGGGGGAUUCGCAGCGGAAGCUCCACUGUGUUAUCGAAUAUCGCAUUGAGGUUCAAAUGUUCAAACCGCAAAAGAACUUUCUGUCAAAAAAAGCGCCGGUAUAUACUGAGGCGAUCCGAGUCAACUUCUUGCCAUUGGCAGCACAGUGGGAACCGACUGAUCAUGCCGAUAAAUUAAGUCGAAAGCACAAAGAUGAGGUGUUCACCGUGCGCAGCCUCCUCCUGCUGCCGGAAAAUCGGGGACGAAGUCUCAAAGUUGGAGAGAAGUUCCAGUCUUGGCUGUCAAAGAAGCAACUCCCACAGUUUGACUUCAAGGCGUCUUUCCUAUAUUCCACACGGGUACUACAGGGUACACCAGUUGCAUGUGUGUUGGAUGUUAUCCCGUGUACGGACGGUUCGUCCAUGCCCUUUCCAGGCAUCACACUGCAAUCUGUGUCGAUUGCAGUAAUGAGUCGAACCUCCGCACGUGCUUCUCAGUCGCUGAGGGGCUCAAUAGCUGGUGACGUGGAUGAUCGUUUGGAAAUAUUAUCGAAGACGUCACUUGGCAUGCCCGUAUUGGGCCAGCUCGAUUUAAACGAGACAUUCGGACCGCUCAUAUUCAGACAUUCAGAGGUUUCCUUCAGCACAUUCACCAUCUCCAGGUCUUACCGGCUAUGCGCGUCAUUUACCUUUGAAUGCGUGGGAAAGACUUUUGAAUUCAAUGCGAAUGACCUCGAGUUCUUCAUUGUCUCAGAUGUCGUCAGUCCCACGGUGCAAAUGACUCCUAUGGAGCAAGGCACUGCUAUUACCGGGGUUUUCGAGCUUGCGGAUACCACCUCGCGGCGUUCAUCAUCGGAUGAGUAUGAUGAAUCUCCUCCCUCGUACUCGAUGACGGCUUCCACUUCCGAGAAACCGCCCAAGAACUAG